AUGACAACUGUCAAAGUUAUUUAUGGGUCAGUUUCUCGUCAGUUCACCAUCGGAGCUGAUACUACUUGGGCAGAGUUAGAAUCUCAACUAAGGACCCUUUUCCAAAUCCCGUCUCAUGCUCAAGUGAUUGCUACUUAUACCGAUGAAGAUGGAGAUAAUAUUACACUUUCAAGCGAUUUAGAACUUGCUGAGGUUCAUUCUCAAUGUUCGGCUGGUACCGCUAUUCAAAUCGUUUUGAAAACUAAUCCGACCUUGGAGGAAACUGCCACAGCGCUUGAACAAAUAAGCUUUGACGAUGAAGAACCUUACGAAACUAUUUUUUAUUCCCAUUCUGAGCCUGAAGAGGCUGAGGAACAAGGAACCUGCAAAGAAAUAUGUGGAGAAGCUUGUGAAGAUAUUACUUGUUCCGCAGAUGAAGCUAAUGAACAAGGACAUACAGAUGAUUGUAGUAGCUCUGAUCCUGACAUUUACUUUUUCGUUUCUCGUAAACGAUCUCAUCAUGGCCCAAGACGUAAUUACUCUGGGUCAGUUAAACUUGAAUCUCGUGGUGGAUCAAGCGAAUGUCCUUUUGGAGAACGUUUUCGUGGUCAUCAUGGCAGGGGUUAUGGGCGUAUGCAUAGAGCAAAUAAACAUGAUGAAGGAGGCCAUCAUCACCAUCGUAGCCAUCGAUUCCACGGUCAUAAACAGCAUGGAUACGAAAUAAUUGUGGAUAAAUCAGAAAAAGAACCUGAAAUGGAUAAAUCAGGCCCUAAUGCUGGAGAACAUCGUGAUCAACAUAUUCAUGAACAUCGUCCGCGUCAUCAUAGAAAGUGCGAUAAGAAAGUGAAAUUUAAUUCUAGUGGCGAUGAGAGACCCAGACAUCAUUGCAGGUUUGGACCACGUAUUCAUGCGCAUCCACACUUCCGUCAUGGACAUGGACAUCAUGGACGUCAUGGACGUCAUGGUGACCAUGGGGAAAUUCCACCUGAAAAAAUAGCAGAAAAAUUAGAAAUUUUGAAUGGAUUGUCCUUCCCGGCCGAAAACAAUGCUCAUUAUGAAGAAUUAUUAAAAAGAUUUCAUGGAAGGAUCGGUCCAGUUGUUGAAACAGUUAUUAGGGAACAACGGAAAAAAGAACCUAAAGAGCCAGAAGAUGGUGAACCAGGUGAUGAUGAAGGUCAAGCGUCGACUUCCCAACCCGUGCAAGGAGUUAAUUAA